GCUCCCCCCCGGCGCGGCGUCUGUCAGCGCUCAAGUAUCUGGAGAAUGCUGCAGGUCAGAGUCUGCAAACGGGAAAAACCCCACAGCGCAGAGACUUUCCCGGAUAAAAACGACAGGUUCAGUUCCUCCCCGAGCAGAGACGGAGGCGGCAGGCGACGGAGGCGGCAGGUGCGGCGCCUGUCAGCAUGGACGCGCUCGGGUUCUGGAUCUUCUGCGUCGCCUUCGCGGGUCUGGAGGCGUCGCCGUACAUGGGCAUGACCAUGACCUACUACCCCAAAGAGACCGGGACCAACACGUCUCACCAGAUCGAGAUGCGUUACAAGAUCACGGCGACUUACUGCGACGUGCAUCACUUCCACUGCUUCAGCGGCGACUGCGGGCAGCAGGUGGCCGAGCGCUACGAGUUCGUGGACCGAUCCUCGUCCGUCCUCGGUCAGAUGUGUCAGUACGAGUCCGUCAAAACUCUGCAGACGCAGACCAACGCCCCCUACAGGAUGAGGAUCACAGAUCGCGCAGACGGCUUCGCGUUCGGUACGACCAUCGAGGUUUUCACGGAGGUGGAUCUGCGGACGCGUUCGGACACGACGCGAGCCGACCACCCCCCGCAGGGCACCAUCAUGUCGCCCGUCAGAGUCGCUUCAAACUGUGUGACGGAGAUUCGCCCUCUGAUCUUUGACCCGGACGGAGACAGGGUCGUGUGCAGAUACGGUCGAGCUCCGUACGAGUGUGACCCGUGUGACCAGCCUCCAAUCUUCCACUUCACUCCGAGCUGCGCGUUCACAGUGGAACCGGUGAACGCGUCGUCAGAAGGCGGAUACGCGGUGGAGAUGAUGCUGGAGGAUCACCCCACGCGCGACAUCGUCCUGACCCAAAGCAACGGCACCGAGGAGGCGAGGAACUCCAGCCGCCACAUCAGCUCCGUGCCCUUCCAGUUCGUCGUCCUGGUGCUUCCUGCUUUACCGUCCUGCACCGCGGGGAUGUUUCUGCCGCAGUUUGUCGACCCGACUCCCGCUCACGGGCAGUGGAUCUACGUGGAGUACCCUUCGCAUUCCCAGAUCUUCAGCGUCCAGGCCAACGCGACGAACGCCACAGUUUCCAGUUUGUUGUUCAGUGGACCGUCUGGAGUUUAUAAGACGCCAGAGGGAGACGGACUCUUCACUCUGCACUGGAACGUCAAAGACACCGACGACCACGAGACUUACCCUCUGUGCUUCGUCGCUGAAGUCCUCGUCGAUUCGGUGAAAUAUCACUCGGAGCUUCGGUGUGUGCUGCUCGUCGUUGGAGACCCUUUUAUCAACAUGUCCCCACCAACAACCAGUACUACUUAUACUAAUACUACUACUACUACUACUACUACUACUACUGCCAAUACUACUACUACGACUGUCAGUACUACUACUACUACUACUACUACUACUACUACGUUCCCUUUAAUUACCAACGGGACAACACCUGAGCCAACCGUACCUCCAAAUACUACGACUACUGCGUCCACUAUACCCAUGACUAUUAUUUCUAUCAAUGCUACUUCGCAAACAAGUACUACUACUGCGAAUAGUACUACCACUGCGAAUACUACUGCGAAUACUACUACUCCACCCAACACCUCGUCUUUACCGGUGGCUCCAGAAACGACAACGGGCAAAUCUGAGGAGAUAUUUUCAGGUACAAAUAUGAAGUUUUAAAUCAGA